GGAUAUCUGUCCCAUCCUGAAGGACCCAGCCGCUCUCAAAGCAGUGAUCGACCUGUUUGAAGAACAUGUAAGGAAGAAUCACCAGCACGUUGAACUGAUCAUAGGUUUAGAUGCUCGUGGUUUCCUGUUUGGUCCUCUGCUUGCUCAGCGACUGGGUGUUGGCUUUGUCCUGGUCAGAAAGAAAGGCAAACUGCCUGGGAGCACUGUUUCUGUGGCCUACGAUUUGGAGUAUGGCAAGGCAGAAGCCGAGAUCCAGGAAGACGCAGUGGCUCCAGGACAGAAAGUUCUUCUCAUUGAUGACCUCCUGGCUACUGGAGGGACACUGUAUGCAGCCUGUGAGUUAAUGAAGAAGCAGCAGGCUGAGGUUCUUGGCUGCAUGGUGGUCAUCGAGCUCAAAGAGCUGAAAGGCAUCGACAAACUGAAGUCCCACAGUGUGUUCUCGCUGGUUCAGUACUGACGACUGCAGCUGCCACACGGGAAACCAGUCAAACAUUGGUUUUAAAACCAGCCAGCUGCUUCCCAAGUGUCAUCAGCCCCAAACGAGGACCCUGUUCAGCUCAAGCACACAUUUCAAUCACUUACUGUUUUGCAAUUUUAAUUGGCACUAAAAUAUUAAAUGUUUUUGUCACUCAUUUA